AUGUCUUACGAAUCGACGAAAACAAGUGCAAAUUCAUCAACUGGUGAAACGAUGACGACUGAUAUGCCAUCACAACCAACAACAAACAAUAGUUUUUAUCCAAAUAGCAAUACAAAUAAUAAUAACAACAGCAGCAAUCAUCGAACGCAAGCCAUGAUAAUGAAUCCAAUGAUGGGUACUACAAAUUAUUACAAUGGACCAACACAAGGUGCACCAAAUCAACAAGCUCACAUGGCAAAUCGUGCGAUAUACCAUUCGUAUCCAUCGGGACCUCCACAUCAUCAUCAAAUUUCAUCACCUUAUCCUGUGAAAGACGGUUCAACAACAAACAAUAAUAACAAUACAGAUAUGAAUGCCACUGAUUCAACGACAGCACCACCACAUGAUCAACAGCUACAGAGUGGUAAUAUGCCACUGCCAACGGCACAAACGCCAUCAGGAAAUGGUAGCGGCUAUAACAAUCCCUCCAUGAUGCCUCCACCUCAUUUAGCUUCAAAGCAACAGCCAUAUCCUAACUAUCCACAACAACAAUCAGGUGACAUGUACAGCAGAACAUCAAAUACUAGUAGUACACCUCAGUAUGUUCCUCAAUAUUCACAGUAUCCACCAGGUGGUGCACCGAUGAUGAAUCCACGAUCACCAGCGCCAAAUACGAAUGCAUAUCGGCCAUCGUAUUCAUCGGGAUCUCCAUAUCAAAAUGGAGUAGCUACAUCAUCGUCACCUUCAUCAACACCAUCAUCUGGAAAAUCUACAUCUCGUUCACAACAACUUUCACCCAAACGCUCAAAUACACAACCAACGACACCACCUGCGCAACAGUCACGUUAUCCAUCUCCAUAUCCAGCAUAUUCAAAUGGACCAGUUGCAUAUAAACCGGGCGGUUCCAAUGGUUAUGUACAACCACCACCACCUCAACAACAAUCAUCAUGGCCUCCACAAACACCACAACGUGAUGCUGUUACACCAGGUCUAGCAAGUAGUACAGGUGAUUCAGAUUCGAAUUCAAGUAAUGCGUCACAACAGCCAAUGUCAUAUCCACAACCACCACCACCAAUGACCAAUGGUCCAACUACAGGUAGCUAUCCACCACAAGUGUCCGCAUCCUACAAUGCGAGUAAUGUUGGUGAUUCUAACAAUACUAAUAACAAUAUGCAUUCAAGUGGACAUGGUUACAUAGAUCAACAGUAUUCAAAUAUGCCACCUCAGAAUUAUGGAUAUCCUCCACAACAAAUGAAUCCAUAUAAUAGCCAUCCCCAACAGAUGCACGGUGCACCAACGAAUGAAUUUCGUCCUCCACCUGUACAAUCAAUGGAUGACGAGAACAAUGGUUAUCGAAACAAAUCAUCAGCUGGAAUGACCGCCGAUCAACAACAACAAGCACAUUCUUCAUCUAUUCUUCCUCCUUCGUCAGCUUCAUCUCAAGCCCAAUCAGUGUCAUCUUCCACUAAUGGACCAAAAUCACCUAGUGGAACGAGCAUGUCAUCCUACGUUCCUGAUGAGGGAGACUCAAGUAAUUCAAGUUUUCCAGAUAGUCCACCACCCUCGCACGAAAAGGGCCAACAGAAACGUAAACUUUCGUCGGGAACAUCGAAUUCACACAAUACACCGGUCGAAGUAUUCAAUAAAUUACGUGAAAUGGGUGAAGAAUCGGAACGACAAGACCGUAAUUUAUUUGUUGAACGUUUACAAAAACUUUGGGAAGAGAACCAAAUAGUAUGCCGUAAUCUACCGACUAUAUCGAAGCAAACGAUCGAUCUUUAUCGUUUGUAUACAUGUGUACGUGAACAAAACGGCUUUCAAGAAUUUUCGAAAGUAGCAAAAAAUCGACAUUGGCGCGAUAUAGCAGCAAAAUUAAACAUUCCGAAUUCAUCAAGUGCAGCUUUCAAUGUUAAACAAAAAUAUAUCAAUUUGAAAUUAUUCCACUAUGAAUGUAAAUAUGAUCGAGGUGGUAUCAAUCCUGAACCUAUCCUGUCUGAAAUUGAUAAACCGCAAGGAAAACGUUCGAAGACACCUAAGAAAUCAUCUAGUAAUAGUGGGUCGACAGCUAAUAAUCUUAAUGAUAGUACUACUGAUAAUAAAGUACCAUCCUCACAAGUACCUUCUCAAUCUCAACCACCCGGUUUAUCUUCAUUACCGCCGCAACAGCAACAGCAGCAGCAGCAGCAGCCAAUGCCACAACAACCUAUGCAAGACCCUUAUCGUGGUUAUCCACCACCACCACCACAUGGACAUCCACAUCAAAUGGGCCAUCCACAACAACAACCACAGUAUCGACCGAUGCAAAUGCCCAUGCAUCCGUACGGUACAACCGGUAAUGAAAUGCAAUCACCGUAUGAUCCAUCUGCAGGAGGACCGAUGAUGUAUAAUAAUUCCGAGAUGGACUAUCAACGUACAGGUUAUCCAACUCCACCUGGUCAACCACAUCCUCCACCGUCACAAAUGAUGAAACCACCGCCACCCAAUGCCUACGGUAUGCCAUUGCCACAGGUUCAACAACCUCCGGGACCAAUGCCACCGCAACAUCGACUACCAGGACCAUACCCAUCGAUUGCUUCGAAACCACAACAGCAACAGCAGAUGGGUGCUCCAGCACAAGGAGAUUAUAGUGCUCCACCAAAUCAACAAGCUCCACCACAAUCAGCUGGACCUCAACAGACAUAUCAUUAUCAACCUCAACAACCCAUGCCAAGUCCGUAUCCACCAUCCGGUUACCCACAACAACAAGCUCCACCACGUACACAAAUGAUGGGUGGACCGCCUCAAUCACACGAUCCUUAUUUAUCGCAACAAGUUCCACCUAAUCAAACAUAUCCGAAUCAAACACCACCCAAUUAUAUGUAUAAAAAGCCGGAAACUCCAUCAACAACCGACGCCUCCAAUCUUGAUGGUCAAGAUUCCAACAAAGGAAACAAAUUACUAAUCAAUCAACUUCGUGCUUCAUCUUCAAAUACAUCUAUGCUAUCAACAGCAACUCCAAUUUCAAUACUAACUAAUUCAACAUCCACUACAUCAAAUUCGACUCUAACACCAACAACUGCAUUGCCUACAACUAGUUUUCCACCUAAUUCUGUCGAAGCAACAACUUUACCUGUAAAAAUGAAACGCAAAAAAUUGACUGGAAAAGACGUCAUGCCAGUCGAUCCAUGGAAAUUAAUGAUGUCCUUACGUGGUGGUUUACUAGCUGAGACGACUUGGGCGCUGGAUACAAUCAAUAUAAUGCUAUCUGAUGAUCAAACUCAUACACACUUUCGUUUAAAACAAAUGCCUGGACUAUUACAAGCAAUUGUUGAUAUCUAUGUUAAAUGUUUAACACAAUUAUUCGAUGAAUUUCAAAACUCGCCAUCGAAUAUCGAAAAUCAACAGCCAUCAUUAAAUGAUUUGAAUGGUUCAUCACAUUUGACAUGUACAACAAUAAAAAAACAUGAAUAUCGUCAACAACAAGAAUCGAUCAUUUAUCGCGUAGAAUCCAAUUCUCUCAAUCGAUAUAAACGGAAAUACCACAAAGAACAAUCAGUCGUCUAUGAUCGUGUUUUUGACGAGUAUGGCAUCGAAAAGAAAGAUCCGACUUAUGCUUUGGAUCUUCAAAACACCGAUGAUUUAUGUGCCAUCAGUACUCACUUUGAUCCAUUACAUCUCGAUGACAGUUUUUAUGAAAAACUUUAUUAUGGUAAUCGAUCAAAUGAGAUUUCAUUAGACGAACAUGAUCACACCUCAAUGACAAAGUCUUCAAACAGUUUACGCAAACGUAUGAAAACAUCGGAAGAUGAGCUCGAUCAUGAAGAGUCAACACCAAUGGAAAACUCGACGAAUUGCCACCAUCGUCAUAACUCCGAUUCUCUAAUGGAAAUUUCAGAUGGUAAUAAAGAAUUUCUCAAGCGUUAUAAACGAAAGUUCGAAUACGAUGAACAACAAAAUUAUGAACUCUAUUCGGGUAUUUGUGCAUCAUCAUCAACAAAAUGUAAUCAGACAAAAGAAUUUGAUUCAUGUUCCAAGUCAAGUGAUCAACAAGAGAAUGCGUCAGCAUUGUUUACAUAUCACUCGCUUGCAUAUGAUCAAAUUUGUGCACGUUGUACAUGUGUAUCAUCAAUUCUACGUAAUCUCAGCUUUAUCAUGGGCAAUGAUAUUGAAUUAGUGAAAUGUAAAACAUUAAUUGGCUUACUAGCUCGUCUUCUUUUACUCAGGCAUGGAGUUAAUCAUAAUGAUCUGUCAGAUAGUCAAACAUCUCUUCAUGAAACAGUAAAUGAUGAUCAAUCAAAAAAUUCCGAUUCGAAAUCAUCGGUACCUUCAUUUUCUUGGACAGAAUGUGUUUUGAAUAUUCGUGAAAAUACUCUCGUUACAUUGGCGAAUAUUGCUGGAACACUGGUUCUCGAUACUUUCGACUCGGAUUUGUUGUACACACUAAUCAAUGGUCUUUUACAUUGGUCAACGUGUUAUUCUGGUGAAGCUAUUGAUUAUUUAAAUUCGUCGGUUAUGUCAGCUCAACGUUUAGCAAUCGAAAUCCUCACAAAAUUGAGUGUUCAUGAAAUGAAUAUGGAUUUCAUUCUUGCUACACCACCAUUCUAUCGAAUUGUUUCAUUAUUUCAUGUUUUAACCGAUUGGUUAAUCGUUGACGAAAUUGGGGGUGGCAUUUCCAACUGGCAUCCACCAUCUUUAGCAUCAUCAACACAUUAUUAUACGAACUAUCCUCGGCCACAAUCACAUAUUCAACGUGAAUUUGCUAUUGUUCUCUUGAAUGCAUUAGUACGCUGUGAUUCAUUGGCUACGAAUGUCGUCGCUCAUAUCCCAUAUGCGAUAUCAUUAUUGAUCAACUUUCUCGAAGAUUAUGAAAUGAAAACUAAUGAAUUGAUGGCACGUUAUGGUCCUGAUUAUAUUAUCCGUUUGACGACUCAACCAUCGAACGCUCAACAUGCUGAACAAAUUUUAUUUACCACAAGUGAUAUGUUAAAACGUGCAGCCACAUGUUUACUUUCGAUUGUUAGUUAUACGGAUAAUAUCAAACUAAUGAAACGAUACGAAGAUCGAAUCUUGAACUUGUCAACGUCGCAUGUAAUUGAUUCAAAUGUUGGACGGACUCUUACAGAUGUUUUGCACUAUUGUUCAUUGCACAACAGUUGA